UGGUUUGCCCUGGUUCGGUCCUGGACCCCAUGGCUUGCUCCCAGACACGGCAAGUCAGAGUUCGGCCUGGACAAGGAUGGCUUACUUUGUUCGUUUCUCUCCUCUCACGGGAAGCACUUGGUGAUGCUUGGACUUGGCGGAAUCAACAAUGUCACUGCGCUCUUGCGCAGCGGUGACGCUGGCCGUCUGAUACUCAGCCUUCGAAACGAUAAUGUGAAAUCAACAACAGGAACGGUUCUGGUAGCCGUCGGUGACAACCUUGAGAACGCGGUUGCUGCCGUCAUGUACCACGCCCGGACCCUUGUUACGGCAGCGAAUGCUCCAAAUUCUCACGGUAUAGCCUCGCCCACGGCAGAGGGCGAUGUCGGGCCGCAAUGGUAUGAAAAUUGGUACGACGGUUUGGGAUACUGCACAUGGAACUCGUUGGGCCAGCAGUUGACCGAGGAGAAGAUCCUGAAUGCACUAGACACGUUGGCCGAGAACAAGGUCAACAUCUCUAACCUGAUCAUCGAUGACAACUGGCAAGACAUUGACUACCGCGGCGACGGCCAAUGGCAGUACGGCUGGAACGACUUCGAAGCCGAGCCGAGAGCCUUCCCCCGGGGCCUCGAAGCCCUCGUCUCCGACAUCCGGUCCAAGCACAAGAACAUACAGCACAUCGCAGUCUGGCAUGCCCUCCUAGGCUACUGGGCCGGUCUCGCCCCCUCCGGGCCCCUUGUCAAACGCUACGAAACCGUCCAGGUCUCACGCGACGACACCCAAAAGUCCCACCUCCCCAUCGGCAACGCCAUGACGGUCGUCGCUCCUUCCGACGUCCAGGACUUCUACGAAGACUUCUACCGCUUCCUCACCUCCUGCGGCAUCGACGGCGUCAAGACUGACGCCCAGUACAUGCUCGACACGCUCACCCAGCCCGCCGCCCGCCGCACCCUUACUAGCUCCUACCUCGACGCCUGGACCUCCUCCACCCUCGGCCACUUCGCCGGGGGCCCCGUGGUCGCGGGCAUGGCGCUGUCCCCGCCCACGCUCUUCCACCCCCGCCUGUUCCGCACCAGCCUGCCGCAGAUUGUGUGUCGUACCUCGGACGACUUCGUCCCGACCGGCGGCGGCGACGACAGCGACGACGACGCGCACCCGUGGCACGUGUGGACCAACGCGCACAACGCACUGCUCGCGCAGCACCUCAACGCGCUGCCGGACUGGGACAUGUUCCAGACGGCACACCCGCGGGGCGGGUUCCACGCGGCGGCGCGGUGCGUCAGCGGCGGGCCCGUCUGCGUCACGGACCCGCCCGGCCAGCACGACGAGGAGCUGCUGCGCCAGAUCGCGGGCGCCACGCCGCGCGGCCGCACCGUCGUCUUCCGCCCCAGCACGGUCGGCCGGACCCUGGACGCCUACAGCUCCCGCGCGGACGGCGGCGGCGGCGGGUUGCUCAAGGUCGGCGCGUACCACGGCCGUGCCGGGACGGGCACGGGCAUCGUGGCCGUGUUCAACGUCGAUCCGCGGGGUAACCGGCCGGUGGCCGAGCUCCUGCCCCUCGCCCGGUUUCCCGGGGUUGGGACGGGUACGGGUGCGGGUGAGGGGGGCGCGGGCGGGAGGUACGUGGUGCGGGCGCACCGCAGCGGGAAGGUGACGCCUCCCUUGCGGCCCGGGUCGCCGGCCGCUCUGGUGACGGUCUCUCUCGAGGCGAAGGGGUGGGACGUGCUGUCUGCCUAUCCGCUGCAUGCGGUGCAGUCGGGGACGAGGGGGGAGGUGUUGCUUGCGAACCUGGGGCUGGUGGGCAAGAUGACGGGGUGUGCGGCGGUGCUGAGGACCGUGUUCGAGGCGCGCGAGAACGGGAGGAUGUUGGUGGAUGCUACCGUGAAGGCGCUAGGGGUGUUGGGCGUCUACAUCUCGGUCCUCCCUGAACUCUCGAUCAACGACGACUUCAUGGUGACCAUUCGGGGGCAGCCGAUACCCCCUCACACUGUGUCCGUGAGCCGGCAAGACGAGCGCGUCCUGGAGGUGGAUAUCGAAACAGCGUGGACCGAAAUGGGCCUCGAGAGCGGCUGGGCGAACGAGGUGCAGGUCAAGGUCUACUUUGCCCUGGAGAAGAAGUAGCAACACUACAAACA